AUUCACGCUAUGAAUCUCGCGAAUCGACACGCGAUUCUCGGUUUAUGAGUCGCCCAGAACGAGCACCUCAACCUUUACCAACAUCACCUCCAUAUACUGCACAUCUUGGAAAUUUACCCUUUGAUUUAACUGAACAAGAU